CAGGAAGUAUGGAUACGUCACGAAUGACCGCAGUUUUGCCACAGAUGCGGAAAUCGAAAAAGAAGUCACGUUUUUGUAAUAAAAACAAAACCAACAAGAAAACGCCGCUUUCCCCGAGCACUGUCUGCGCAGUCGAAGAACUUAUCGGCCAACGCGUCUGCCGGCUUGCCGAACCUUCUCGUUCGCCACUGCCCCCACAAUGUCAGGAGUCUACACCAAGAAAUGUGUUGACGACGUGUGGGAUGUUUCGGAAGGGGCGCUUCCUUUCAAACUGCAGCGGAUAGCUGAAGUUGAGUUGGGAGAGACUUCAGUGAAGAGAAAAGAAGCCCUGGAGAGGCUUUCUCAACUCUUAGAAGAAGAGGAAGGCCUCCUUCCGAGACAAGAUGCCGCCUUCCUUCUGCGGUUCCUACGCGUGCGGAAGUACAACGUGGAGGCGGCGCUGCGUACCAUCCGCAACUACUACCGGAACCGCAACACGAGUCAGACCGUCUUCGAGGACUUAACGCCAUCCAGCAUAUCGGAAGCAACACGCCGGAUUAUGAUGAUAAUGCCGGGAAAGGAUAGUUGCGGACGCCCCAUCUUUCUUUUCAAGAUCGGCUCGUGGGACAUCGUGGAAUCUUCUUACGUCGAAAUGCACCGGGCCGUCAUGCUCUGCCUUGAGCAUUUAGCGAAAGAUGCUACAACGCAAACACUGGGCAUGGUCAUGCUGUUCGACUACGCUAACCUGACGCCACAAAAAGUGCUCUCCAUCAAUGUGGGCUUGAUUCGAAGAGGCUUCGAGUACCUUCAGGAUUGCAUGCCCAUGCGCCUGAAGGCCCUGUACGCCGUACGUGAGGGGUUUGCAUUCGACAUGAUCUACGCGUUGGUGCGGCCAUUCCUCAAGAACAAGCUUACCGAAAGGUUUCAUCCGUACGGAGAAAAUUUUGAGGAACUCCACAACCAAAUAGACCCUCACGUCCUACCUAAGGAGUACGGUGGAGACGCACCUCCAUUAGACUUUACGGAAUUCUGGAGCAGGCUUGAGAAAAUUUUUCCUCUAAGGCUUUGCGGCUGCCAGAAACGCCGCUUUCCCGAUCGCUGUCUUUGCAGUCGAAGCACUUAUCGGACAACGCGUCUGCCGGCUUGCCGAACCUUUUCAUUCACCACUGUCCCCACAAUGUCAGGAGUGUACACCAAGAAAUGUGUCGACGACGUGUGGGAUGUUUCGGAAGGGGCGCUUCCAUUCAAGCUGCAGCGGAUAGCUGAAGUUGAGUUGGGAGAGACUUCAGCGAAGAGAAAAGAAGCCCUGGAGAGACUUUCUCAACUCUUGGAAGCCGAGCCGGAAGUGAACGCUCAGAAAGACACCGCCUUCCUUCUGCGUUUCCUGCGGGUGCGAAAGUUUGACGUAGAGUCGGCCUUGCAAACCAUUCGAAACUACUACAGGUGCCGAGAGGCCAGUGGGUCCUCUUACCAGGAAUUACUUCCAAGCAAAGUGCCGGCGGUGGCUCGCAAUCUGCUCAUGGUUCUGCCUGAGACGGAUGUCCAUGGGAGGUUGAUCCUACUCGUCAGGCCAGGCAUAUGGAGGCCCGAAGAACUGCCAUACGCGGAUUUUCAUCGAGCUUGCCUGCUCUGUUUGGAACAUAUGGCGCCGAAUCCUGUUACACAGACGUCUGGAAUUGUUCUCUUGGUUGAUUAUGCCGAGUUCACCGCCGACAAGAUAUUGUGGGUGAACGUAGGGCUUGUGAGAAAAGCUCUGGGAUAUGUACAGGAAGGCAUGCCAAUGCGACUAAAAGCAGUACAUAUCGUAAGACAGUCGUAUGCUUUCGACAUGAUUUUCGCCCUCUUCAAGCCAUUCAUCAAGGCCAAGAUGGCCGAACGGUACCGCUUCCACGGCGACAACUUCGAGAAGCUUCACGAGGAAAUACCACCCAGCGUGCUACCCAUAGAAUACGGUGGUCAGAGAGAGCCACUCGACUUCGAAGCCUACUGGAAGGAGGUCGACGCGCAAGAGGAGUUUUUCGCGCGUGUAAACAGCUUUGGCUACUCUACAGAGUGCAAGGAUGACAUGCUCACUGAGACUGAGAAGCUGGGCGAACUCACUUCGCUUUGAUGAGUAGAAUGCGGCU